UGGCCAGUCGAAAUGUCUGUCUGGUUGCUAAGUAACAUUUCGUGUGCGCUAUGUGUACUAUGUAGAAGCCAAGAUGGUUAAAUGCUAAAUGCAGAAAUUUUACCCAUAGUUUUAAUGCGUUGAUGUUGCUCGUCCGAAGUCAUGACAGCUAUAAAAGACGGAGAGUACACUGCUACAAUCUACAGACUGAUUAAAGAGGGCCAGUAUGUCGAGGCAAUUCACAUCCUAAGUGGUCAACUUCAAAAACACACGAAGUCCAGGGCAGCACUCUCUCUUCUGGGUUACUGCUAUUAUCACAUACAAGACUUUACCAGUGCGGCAGAAUGUUACGAGCAACUCACACAGCUGCAUCCAGAGGUGGAGGAAUACAAGGUGUACUAUGCCCAGUCCCUGUACAAAGCUGGUGCUUAUCCUGAGGCCACAAAGGCCUCAUUUGUACUGGACAACCCCAGCAGUCACACUAAGAUGGUCAAGUUGCAAGCCUGUAUCAAAUAUUGUGAGGAAGAUUACUCCGCUGCCAAGUCGCUGUUAGAGCAGCUGCCCCAGGAUGAUCCAGACUAUGUGUACAAUAUGGGCUGCUUAUUGUACCAGGAUUCAAAGUAUGAGGAAGCCUGCAAGAAGUUCAUGUCCACCAUGCAGUUGUUGGGAUAUGUGCCAGCAUUAUCCUACAACAUCGCGCUAUGCCACUACAGCCUAAAGAACUACGCUCAGGCCAUCAAACAUAUUGAAGAGAUUAUAGAACGAGGCAUCAGGGAACAUCCAGAGUUGAGUGUUGGGAUGACGACGGAGGGCAUCGAUGUUCACAGCGUAGGCAACACACUGGUGCUGCAUCAGACAGCCCUUGUUGAAGCGUUCAACCUCAAAGCUGCUAUUGAAUACCAGCUGAAGAACUUAAAAGCUGCACAGGAGGCUUUGACAGACAUGCCCCCAAGAUCAGAGGAGGAACUGGACCCAGUGACACUCCACAACCAGGCCUUAGUAAACAUGGACACAAAACCAUCUGAGGGUUUUGAGAAGCUUGCCUUCCUGCUGCAGCAGCCCUCAUUUCCCCCCGUCACCUUCGGAAACCUGCUGCUGCUGUACUGCAAACAUGAGUACUUUGACCUGGCAGCUGACGUCCUGGCAGAAAACGCCCAUCUCACUUACAAGUUCCUUUCCCCGUAUAUGUAUGAGUUUCUUGAUGCUUUGUUGACCUGCCAGACAGCACCAGAGGAGGCUUUUAGGAAAUUUGAGGAGAUGAACGGCAAACUAACCGAGCCACUUCGCAAGCUGUCCAAACAGGUGCAGGAGGCGAGGCUAGCUCGAGACGAUGAAGCACAGAAAAAAGCCCUGCAGGACUAUGACCUGAUGCAAGAAAAGUACAUUGUAGUUGUAAUGGCUCAGGCCAAGAUUUACUGGAACCGGGAAAACUUCCCGAUGGUAGAGAAGAUUUUCCGCAAGUCUGUGGAGUUCUGUAAUGAGGACGAUACCUGGAAGUUGAACGUGGCCCAUGUUCUGUUCAUGCAGAACAAAUACAAGGAGGCCAUCGGAUUCUAUGAACCCAUCGUCAAGAAGCACUAUGAUAAUGUGGAGCAAUGUAGCAUUCAGGAGUGUCCCUGCAAGUGUAAACCCUCGAUCCUGAACGUUAGUGCUGUGGUUCUGGCCAACCUUUGUGUAUCCUACAUCAUGACCAGCCAGAAUGAAGAGGCUGAAGAGUUGAUGAAGAAGAUUGAGAAAGAAGAGGAGCAGAUCUCGUACGACGACCCUGAUAAGAAAGUCUUCCACCUCUGCAUUGUUAACCUGGUUAUUGGGACACUGUACUGCGCCAAAGGGAACUACGACUUCGGCAUCUCUCGUGUGAUCAAAAGUCUGGAGCCAUACAAUAAGAAGCUGGGGACAGACACGUGGUUCUACGCCAAGCGUUGUUUUCUUUCUCUGUUGGAGAACAUGUCAAAACACAUGGUCAUGCUGAGGGACGCAGUGGUGCAGGAGUGUAUUCAAUUCCUGGAGCACUGUGAGGUUUACGGUAAAGAGGUGCCAGCCAUCAUUGAGCAACCUCUGGAGGAGAUCCGCAUUCACAUUGGCAAGAACACAGUCACCUACGAGGCUCGACUACUCAAAGCACUGUUCUACGAGGUCAUUGGCUGGAACAAGUGACAUCACGCAGGUGUCACUGAAGAAUAUUUUAGACUGUUGUAGAUUAUUUAUCUUUGGCCAUUUGCUAAGGUGUUCAUCUCCCGAAACACACAGUAUGUUGGUACUGAAACACACACUCUGGUCAGACUCAGGUCUGCUCUUUAGCAUUAUGUUUUUAUUUCUGUCUUCCUUUAGACAG